AUGGCCUCAAACGACCAGAACACCGAGCAAGAGUUCACCAUCCAGCCUCACCCGGCAAAGGACAACGUCCCCCCUCCCAACUUCCCCGGCUCAGACGCAGAGGCCACCCCCGGUCUCGGCGGCGCCCCGACCCUCCAGCACCUCCAUGACCCGAAUCGCCCGGAGAACAUCAUGGGCGGACGCGGCAACGCCCCGCACGUUCCCGACAACGACAAGCUGCAGAACCUCGAGCAGCCCAAGAGUCGCGAGGAACUGAAGAAGUUGCAGGCGUCGCUGAACGAGGAGGGCGCGGCGGGUGAACUCUGA